UCAUCCACAUACAACAUGGAUACAACAAGAACGAUAUACAAGCUACCCAUUCACGAGCAUCCUCUUUUCCUUUCAGCUCAAUUUGUUUCUGUUCCGUGUGAUGGGUGCCAUGUAAAAGGAAACAAGUAUGGCUGCUACAAAUGCAGUGAGGCUUCCUGUAAUUGCUGGUUCCAUAAAGAGUGCGCUGAAGCCCCACCAGAGAUCAAUCAUCACCCUUCCCACCCGGAGCAUCCUCUCUUUCUCACUAAUCACUCUCCUACCAGAGAUGAUACUCCAUGUGAAGCUUGUGGACAAAAGAUUUUGUCCCCAUGUUACACUUGUCUCACUUGUGAAUUCAAAGUGGACUUAAUUUGUGGGAUAAAACCCCUGCCGUCUGCUAUUGAAUACCCGGUCAGUCAUGACCAUCCACUAGCUCUCUUCAAGAAACGAGAGGAGGACAAGGGCCCAUGUGAAGUAUGCAAGGAAUCUAUUGGUGGACCUUUCUAUUCAUGUCUUGAAUGCAAUAACAUAUUCUUUCAUGUUGAUUGUGUUCAUCUCUCAAAAGAGGUAAAUCUUCCUUGUCACUCUACUCAUCCUCUUAAGAUCAUCACACCUGAGUCACUUAUAGAUGAUGAUGCCGAAAGAAAAUGUCAUGUCUGUGUCAUUCAACCAGAAAAUAUGCUCUAUCAUUGUUCUCUUUGCAAUUUUACUCUUUGCCUUGGUUGUACUAAACUUCCACCACCUCUUGUUGUUGAUCAUACCAAUACUCACACACAUCCACUGAGGCUCUUUUCAAGCAAAAUUGCGUUUGCUUGCAAUGUUUGUGGAGUUCUCGGAUACGACAAUAUGCUUUAUUUAUGUCUCAAGUGUGAUUUUCUUGUCCAUAUAAAUUGUGUCGGCUUACCUCAAGUCAUAAACAUCAAUCGUCAUGAUCAUCGGAUCUCUUUCACGCAUCAUCUUGGCCAUGGACGUGCACAUUGUGGAGUAUGUAGGCAAAGCGUAAAGCAAUACUACGGAGCAUAUGCUUGCUCUAUUUGCCCUAACUAUGCAGUCCACUCACAAUGUGCAGUUGAUUUAACUGUAUGGGACGGUUUGGAAUUGGAAGGGAUACCUGACAUCAGCGAAGAUAUUGCACCAUUUAAGGUGCUGGGAGAUAAUUUGAUAUGUCACUUCAGCCAUAGAGGACAUAAUUUACUCCUUGUAAAGGACUACGUCACGGUUCGUGAUUAUUACGAGUGGUUUCGAUGUGAUGCAUGCAUCUGCCCAAUCGAGUUUGGCCCAUUCUAUAUAUGUCCCAUAUGUCCUUUUUUUCUUCAUGCAAAGUGUGCUAAUCUUCCUACGAAGAAAAAACUUGUCUUUGACCCCACACCAUACAAGUUGGAAUAUUUAGGCGUGUAUUUAUACUGUAACUUGUGUAAGAUGAUAUCUUGUGGCUUUGUGUACAUAUCACAAGGAUUUAUCAAGAAUUAUCACUAUGUAGAUAUACAUUGUGGUUCCAUUUCUGAGCCGUUCGUCCACAAUGGGCAUUUUCAUCCCCUAUUUUUUGUUACGACAAAGAAGGAUCGUCAUUGCAAUGCAUGUAAAAGAGUUCCAGAUGGCUACAUGCUCACUUGUGGGGCUUGCGGCUUUUACUUGUGUUUGUAUUGUGCUACUUUGCCAGAGAAGAUAUGGCAUAUGAGCGAUGAGCACCCUCUCAUUUUAUAUUAUGGUGAAAAGGCCAAUGGCAAAAACUGGUGCGAAGUUUGUGAGAUGGAGUUAGAUCCAAGUAUAUGGUUCUUUACAUGCUAUGAAGACUGUGAAGUCGCUUUGCAUGUUCAAUGUGCACUCGGAGAUUUCUCACGUCUCAAGCCAAAUUGGCGCUUUAUCAAUAAGGAGCGAAUAUAUAAGGUGGUGUUUAACAAUCACAGCAGUCGGCCACUUUGUAGCAAUUGCCACGAUCGAUGCAAGAUCCCCCACAUCUUAAAAGAGGAUGAUGAACAGAAGAAUGGAUACAUCUGUUCCAUGUCAUGUCUUAAAGGACUGGAAUAGAGAGUGACUUUGUUUUCUAGCAAAGAGGCUGGUGGUUUUAUAUUUACUUUGUAAAUUUCUUUACUUUCGCAACAUAACUGUGUCUUGUCUCGAGA